AUGACAACGCUGAGUUCAGCGAACGAAAAGAGGUGGGAUUUGAAUCGACUAAUCAAUCAAGAUGAUAUCCCCUUUGAAGAAGAAAUAUCAAAAGAUCCCUUCAAUCAUGAGAACUGGUUGCAAUAUUAUCAUUAUAAAUCAUCUAAAGAAACCACUACGUUUUACAACAAAGUAUUUAUCCUAGAAAGAGCAGUCCAGAACUUACCUAAAGCAGAUCAGCUAUGGAUUACUUAUCUUGAUCUUGUUCAAAGUGUGGUUGAACACUUGAAUUACUUCCAUUAUAAACAACAAUUCUUAUACACCAAUAAAUUAUUUGAUAGAUCAUUAUUAUUAUUAUAUACCAAUUCCGAUAUUUGGAUGAAAUAUCUUCAAUUCUUAUUGAAAACUCAAUCCAAUGAAAUAACCUUAAUACGAAGGAAAUUCAAUCUUGCGUUAAGAAGUCUCCCCCUUAAGGCUCAUACCUUAAUUUGGCCAUUAUAUUUGAAUUUUGCGGAUUCAGUUGGUGGGAAAACUGCCGCAAAGAUUUAUCAAAAAUAUUUACAGUAUCUUGAUGAAGAUAUACUUAAGGGGUUAAAGUCCAGGUCUGAUCAAGAUGGGCUUGGAGGUACAAUUGAAGAUUUUAUUCAAAAGUUUGAUGAAUUCGGCGAUUUCAAUCAAGUUGGUAAAUUGUAUAAGAUUAUAAUUGACCAUCCUGAACAAUAUAUUUCCUUAUCAAGAACUAUACUUCAGAUAUGGUUAGAUUAUAUUGAAUUUAUACUUGAUAGAGAAGAAGAAGUAAUACAAGAGGAUGACCAACAAAAAGAAAACAAUCAUCAUAGAUGGCACAGCAAUGAUUCAUAUUUUGAAGAUCUCGUCUUUAAAGGUAUACGUAAAUUCCCUGAUCAAAUGGGGAAAUUCUAUAUAAAACUUACUCAAUAUUACAAAUUAAAACUGGGCAAUGAUGAUAAAGUACGAUAUUUCUAUGAAAAGGGCAUCAAAGAAUGUGUUACCGUUCAAGAUUUCUUAUUACUUUAUAAUGAUUCCAUUUCAUUUGAAGAACAAAUCAUUGAUGAAUUAGGUGAAAAAUUCGAAUCUAAUCCGGAUGAUAAAAAAUUAGAUAAAGAAUUAGAAUAUCGAUUAUACUAUUUCAAUGAACUUAUCAAUAAUCGACCAUUAUUAUUAAACGAUAUGAUGUUAAGACAAGAUAUAAAUAAUUUAGAUGUAUGGUUUGAAAGAUUUGGAUUGUUUAAGGAUGAUUUGAAUCAAAAAUUACAAACUUUUGCUCAAGCAUUAAUGAAAAUCAAUCCUUUUAAAGCACAUUCAUUAUUAGGUAACGAGUCCCAUAAGUUGUCCAAAAUUUGGAUCGAUUAUACCAAGAUUUAUUCGGUCAAACAAGAUUUCAAAACGGCCAAUUUGAUUUUCACCAAAGCGAAAAGUUCUCAAUUCAAUCAUCCUGAUGAAUUGGCUGAUAUAUAUAUCGCUUGGAGUGAGAUGCUCUUGGAAAGUACUUUUAAAGAUGCUGAUUCAAGGUCAAUUAAAAUCAUAGAAGAAGUGUUAUUAUCAGGUGGAGACGAAAAAAUUGAUUAUGAUGAUUCAUCGAUUGAUAUUCAUAAACGGAUUAGAAAAUCAAUCAAAUUAUGGUUAUUUUAUAUUGAUUUAUUAGAAUCUUUCGUCGAACUGGAAACAGAUGAAUCUGAAAUAAAUAAAGUCAUGGAAGCUUAUAAUAAAUUAAUUGAUAUUAAAAUUGCAACUCCAAAAAUCAUCCUUGAUUAUGCUAAUUUCUUGGAAUCAUAUAAAUAUUUUGAAAAAUCAUUCACUAUCUAUGAAAUUGGAUUGAAGUUAUUUAAAGACGCUUCCAUUAAAUUUGAAAUUUGGAAUGUUUAUUUAACCAAGACAUUAAAUACCAAGAAUAACAAAGGGUAUAAUAUUGAAAGAAUCAGGGAUUUAUUCGAACAAGCCCUUGACCAAAGUCCAACAUAUUUAAGUAAACAAUUUUUAAUAUUAUAUUCGAAUUUCGAACAAGAGAAUGGAUUCAUCAUGAAUGCCAUUAAAGUUUUGAAAAAGGGGUUGAAAUUAUUAUCAGUGGUAGAUAAUAUUGAACGAUAUCAAAAUGAGAAAUCAUCAUCGUUAAAUAAGAACCAAUUGGUGCAAGAUAAAUUUGAUAUUUAUACGAUAUUAAUCUUUAAGAUUGAACAAUAUCAAGAUGAAAUUGAAUUGAGAAAGAUUUUUCAAACUUCGAUUCAAGAUCUUGAAUUAUCAGUUAAGAAUCUUGUUGAAUUAACUAUUAAGUUCGUUGAUUUUGAAACCAAAUCACAUCAAUUUGAAAGAGUCAGAAAUCUUUAUAAAUACAUUAUACGAUUAAUAAAGAAUUCGGAUGAUAAACUUUGGUCACAAUGGGAACAAUUUGAAAUUAGUAAUGGCAAUGAAUUAACUUUCAAGGAUAUGUUAAGAUUCAAACGAACUAUAAAUCAAGAAUUCAAAGAUAUUCAAUCUUUCAAAGAUACCAUCAAUCCAAUGGGAUUUGUUAAAUCUUCCGAUGGCCCAAAAGUAUCAUCCAUCAAUGCUAGUGAACCAUUGCCAUCACAAGAGCCUACAAAUGUCAAUCCUGAUGAGAUCGACCUAGAUAUGGAUAUGUAA